ACGACUUUGAAGCGCUUCCCGGUCACCUUCAUUUUUCGAAUACAAGUUUCGCACACCCUCACCGUUCAAAAAUCACCACCGUCAAGGAUCUGUAACUGCCUCGAAUCUAUCAUAUCAGAUCCGCGAUAUGAUUCCAGACCCUUCCUCACAAUCAGUGAGCUGCGGUACAAAGAAUCGAGAUUCAUCACCAACCCCAAACACCAUGCAACUUGUCACUGCCGAGGACGAGAGCGAAGUCGAAGUUGCGAGAUAUAUGUCCGCUGACGUUGAGGGAAAUGAAGGCGAUGUUGAAGGAAUCAUUGUAACUGCCGGCGCUCGUUCAGUUGAACGAUCCAUCAGAUAUCUGAACGAUUCUGUUCCUGAUGACGAGACAGAAGAAGAAGUUGUGGCAGUUGAAAGUGAGAAAGUCACGUCCAAGAGACAAAACGGGUUUCCAUCCGUGAAAGAGCUACCCAGCUGGUUUCCAAAGAACAUCAAGAAAAUCUAUAGAGUUGAGAGACAUGGUGGUGCACUUUCCUUCAAGGAACUCAACCUCAUCACCAGAUACCGAAACCUCGUAGAGAUCAUCCAUCGUCGAACAUGGAAGCGGUAUCUGAAAGCCGGGAAAGCAAGAUGGCAGCUCCAGAAAGUCAUUGGUCGCCAUACGUCACGAUCGCUAACGAAGGCAUUUUUUGAGCAUCGCAAGAAACAAUUCACUGCCUGGAAGACAAAAGCAUUACGGGCUUGGAAGAAACUUGAGAAGGUCCACCGGGGAACUCUGAUCUUGGACGAGACGAUCAACAUCAAUUUCCGUCAAGAGAGAAUGAUUUAUGCCAAGAAGUUGCGGCGUUCGAUGUGAUGGGGAGUGAGGUGAUGAGUUUGCAUGCGGGAGCACUGCAGUUUUACAAGGUCACCGAAGUUAUUUCACUUGCGUUCAACUUGCGCUCAUCUGGGAGAACGUUCGGCAUAAUCACAUAUGCAUUCGGUUGACUGAAAUGGAAUUCACCCCCACAAAACGACGCCUGAAUGUAAGAUCUUACAAUUUCGUUUGGCGAGGACUUCGAGGACCUACUAGCACUCCGGAA